CUCCAGCCUUUCUAACCAUGCCCAAGAGCAAGGGAAUGAGAUGACUUCUUAUCGCUGUUCUUGUUAUAAAGAGAAGAACCUUCGUUAUUUCAUAGACACUGCAACUAGCCGUUACGCUAGUUAUAUUUCUGAGAAAAUUCAGCAAGAGCGUGAGCAAAAGGAGCUUAAGGUUGCUCGAGCUGAGGAGGACGCCGCGCGUCUUCGUCGUGAACUUCUGGAGGUAAAAUCUCGCGAGCGCUUGUUCGCUCGUCGCGAUCUUGCCGCUAAUUAUUCUUCUUCUCAUAAUCCCUUAUCCCUUAACUUCUUCCUUUCUUACGAGAAUCCUAUUCUCGCUUCCGUGGAUGUUUCUAAUAGUACUUACGUACCAGUGACUUGCAGUUCGUUAGGUUUCCUUUAGGUUCCUAAGUGUUAUGGCUCUCAGGCCAUCUUUACCACUUGACUAAGUACUUCCGCUGACUACCGAUUUUCCGUAGGUCCUUAAUUUCUUCGACCUUAUACUCGUCGUCUUCGAGCUCUAU